AUGCAAAUUCUUCUAUUUCAAUCUUCAAACCUCCUCCUUUUGACCAUCAGUUUCUUCAUUUCGAUCAACAUACAGUUUUGUCUAUGUGGAGAAGAUCCACAAUAUGCAAACUGCAGAAAAGCUAUUAACUGUGGCGGCAUCGAAGACAUCUGGUACCCCUUCUGGGGAGUCAACAGAGCAAGUUACUGUGGUAAACCUGGGUUUGAAGUUCAAUGCCUAGACAAUGUCCCGGUGAUCAACAUGGUGAAUACCAGCUUCCGAAUACUCGAAAUGAACCCGAAAAAUCCUCGUACUGUUAAGGUUGCAAGGCAGGAUUAUUGGAGCACAAUCUAUCCCCAGAGUACUUUAGUCAACACCAGCAUCAACGUCUCUCUGUCUAAUUAUGCUUCUGGGCUUGCAAACCUGACCUUUUACUACGGAUGCAAUACAAGUACACCAUCUAUUAAUUCACAGGUUUGCACAAUAAACGGCAGUGAUGUCAGUGUGGCCUUUCAUCAAACAGGUGAUGAGCAUCCAGUUGCUAACGAUACCUGCAAAACUGAGGUGCUUGUUCCAGUUUUUAAAACAGCUGCUCUGGCUCUUGAGAACAAUCAAACAAGCGUCAAAGAUGCGGUGGAUGAGGGCUUUGAAUUGGGGUUGCAGAUUGAUAAUGACCAAUCCUUUUGGACAGGUGUUGGUAUAACCAUCGGCGUCAUUUGCAUCAUAUUCAUAUCAAGGAAAAGGAAGUUCUUCUUGAAGAGGUACUUCAAAACGGAGCACAGGUAUGAGCUUGAUAUCGAACAAGUUAUACAGAAUUAUGGCUCGUUUACCCCGAAGCGGUACAGUUAUUCAGAUGUAAAGAAACUCACAAACUCAUUCAAAGAUAAGGUUGGCAAAGGAGGAUAUGGCACUGUAUACAAAGGAACCCUACCUGAUGGCCAUCUUGUGGCAGUCAAAGUCCUAAACGAGCCAAAGGGUAAUGGGGAAGACUUUAUUAAUGAAGUUGCAAGCAUUAGUAGAACUUCCCAUGUCAACAUAGUCAAGCUUUCAGGAUUCUGUUAUGAGAGGCAUAAAAGAGCUUUGAUCUAUGAGUUCAUGCCUAAUGGAUCCUUAGACAAGUUCAUACAUAAGCAAGGAUCUUCGAACACAAAUUUUCCUCGUUUAGAAUGGAAAAUGUUAUUCGAAAUUUCAGUAGGCGUCGCACGAGGGCUGGAAUACUUACAUCGUGGUUGCAACACAAGAAUUUUGCAUUUUGACAUAAAGCCACAGAACAUUCUUCUGGACAAAGACUUCUGGCCGAAAAUCUCAGAUUUCGGCCUUGCCAAAUUAUGCAAGACGGAGGAGAGUAUUGUGUCCAUGUUGGGAGCGAGAGGAACAGCAGGAUACAUGGCGCCAGAAGUAUUUAGUCGAAACUUCGGAGGAAUAUCUCCGAAAUCUGAUGUUUACAGCUACGGGAUGUUGGUUCUUGAAAUGGUUGGCGCAAGAAAGAAUUUGGAUUACGGAGGGUCUCAUACCAGUGAACUGUUUCCACAUAAUGUUUAUAAAGAUCUAGAGCUAGAGAAGGAUGAAAUUAUCUUGGAGGGCAUAUCAGAAGGGGGAAAAGAAGUAGCAAGAAAGUUGAUAUUGAUAAGUUUGUGGUGCAUUCAAACAAUUCCAUCUGAUCGGCCAUCAAUGAGCAAAGUAGUAGAGAUGCUGGAAGGGCCCCUUCAUUCUUUGCAAAUUGCACCGAAGCCUUUCUUAUUUUCUAGUCCAAUAUCUGGUGGAGACUCAUCCCAACCAUCUGUGAGAAGUUAA